AUGCCGAAUGGAGUGUUCUGGUUGGACAAGGAAGCGCACAAGCAUGACAUCGUCUAUGGACAGGCAAGCGUUCUUGUCCUUCCUCUGCCGAAUGGCUGUGUUGAAGCGCUGCAGAGGCCGCAGCUCGGUGGGGUGAGCCUGCCAGCUCCCUUUGAACAGGGCUUCUUGGACAUCACAGACUACAGGUUCAUGGAGGAAGUUGAAGAGGACAGCCACGCUGCUGACUGUGCUGGAAACACUGCUGCAGCGCUGGGGCCCGAGUGCACCGGCAUUGUCUUGCACAGCCUCUUUGGAGGUGCAGAUCAGGAGGACGCCCAGCCACCCAACAAGAAUCCGCGCCGCACUCGGAAGGUGCAAUUCACUUGCAAUUUGUGUGGAGAGACAACGACAAAGAGGGUGAAUCCGCACGCUUGGGAGAACGGCACAGUCUUUGCCGAGUGCUCUGGCUGCAGAGUCAAGCACAAGCUGAUAGACAAUUUGAAGCUGUUCCACGAGCUGCGUGGCCCAGUGUACCCGGCUGCGCCCAUGAACCCUGCAGACAUCCCUGCGUCCCUGCCGCUGCGGCCGUUGCUGGAUUUCCAGCAGCAUGCUGGCCUGCUCAACAUGUUCCACCCCGAAGAGAUGUGA